GCCGGCUGGCCUCCAGCUUGAUCUCAUCUCAGGAACCCCGUGUUUGUUCUUACAUAUUGGCAACUGCCACGGAUCAAUCAAUCGUUUCUCAUCUAUCCUCCUUCAGCCCACUCCGUCCCUCUCGUCGCUCAGCCAAGAAGGACAUUCCGGCUCUUAGUCACGAUCGACACGGGAUCAUCACCAACACCCGCUUUCCAUUUCCCCCCCCCUUCCCUGUUCUUAUCUCCGCCCCUCUCUCCGGGAGUUCGACACCCGAUCAUGCCAUCAUUUUCCAACGACGUCGCCGUCUAUCCAACAGCCACCGUCACGGCUACACACCCUCGGUCAUUUGACUCACCACAAGGCAAGCCGAAUGAGAAGAAUUCGGUGGGAAAUACCUUUCUCUGGACGAAUUGGCCCAAUGGCGACGCUAAUCACUUGGAAACUCCCACGAAUGAUCGCCAGCUCACAAACGGUAGCGCCUUUUCCCUGAAUGGUCCGCGAUCCAGCGCCAGCUCAUAUACAAGGGAAUUGCCUCAUUCGAAGGACGGUAGCAUGCACUCUCUAGGAAACGGUUCAGCUCGGGAUCCCAAGGAGGGUGGUAGACCCUCGGCGACCUUGGAACGGAAUUUCUCCGAAAAAUCACUGGACACAGUCACCGGACCUGGCUCGCCGACGGCAUCGAUUGCAAGCCAACAAAUCAACGGCGCAUUGAAUUCCCGAUCGCUCAAUGGAAAACCUCUGGUGAACGGCGAUAUCAGUCGACAAUCCACCGAUGAGUUCCAACCCCCGGAUUACGCAGGCAAUGCGUCAGCAACCGGAUUAUCCACCUCUCCACCCGACGACGCUGGCCGUCUUUCUCCCGAACCGGAUCGUUUAUCCCCAUCGCAAAAAAGCCCCCACCGCUAUUCCUCUCCUCCUGCGCCGGAAAAUGGCGCUUCCCCGGAUCAAAGCAAUUCUAGUCUUCGCCACCGACACACGUUGCAAGUCCCGCGCACAACCAGCGGGCGCCGUGGUAGCCGUGACCAGUCGGAAGACAUGGCCUACAGCAGUGGCCGCUUGUCUCCCACUACUGGAACUCGCCGGACAUCCUUCAGCCUGGCUCGACGCGCCACUCGGACCAACCAAUCGGAAAGCUUACAAGACGAUGCAAGUCCCGACGAAGACGCGGCCCGCUGGGCAGAAGCCAUCAAGCAGAGACGGGCCUCGAAGCGACGACGCCGCGACGAAGACGAUGAUGAUCGUGUCAUUGUGGGCACGAAGGUCGACCAGAACCACGUGAAUUACGUGACCGCCUACAACAUGUUGACCGGAAUUCGGUUCACGGUGUCGAGAAUCAAUGCCAAAAUGGACAGGGAAUUGACGCCCGCGGAUUUCGAGGCGAAACACAAAUUCUCAUUCGACAUAACCGGCAACGAACUGACUCCCUCUGCCAAGUACGAUUUCAAGUUCAAGGAUUACGCGCCGUGGGUGUUCCGUCACUUGCGAGCCAAAUUUCGACUCGAUCCAGCCGAUUAUCUGAUGUCUCUUACCAGCAAGUAUAUCCUGUCGGAGUUGGGAUCUCCAGGUAAAAGUGGCAGUUUUUUCUAUUUCUCUCGAGAUUACAAGUACAUCAUCAAGACUAUUCACCAUUCGGAGCACAAACUUUUGCGCAAGAUCCUCCCUGAGUACUACCGACACGUCGAACAGAAUCCGAACACCUUGAUCUCGCAGUUCUAUGGUCUUCACCGUGUCAAGAUGGCUUACGGGCGCAAGAUUCACUUUGUCGUCAUGAACAAUCUAUUCCCGCCUCACCGCGAUAUCCACCAGACCUUUGACCUCAAGGGUUCCAUGAUCGGCCGGGAUUUGCGCGAGGAGGAUCUGGAGAAGAAUCCAAGGGCUACUUUGAAAGAUUUGAACUGGGUUCGGAGGAACCGCGAGAUCCAGUGCGGGCCGUCCAAGCGCGAUUUCUUCCUCGCUCAAUUAAAGCGAGAUGUCGAGUUACUCAAAAAGCUCAAGAUCAUGGAUUAUUCACUAUUAGUGGGUAUCCAUGAUGUUGAAAGAGGCAACGAAGAGAAACUCCGUGACAAGACCUUACAGGUCUUCCAGCCGGGUGGCGAUCGCGAAGAAGAUGCAAAUCCCAAUAUGUUGAUGCGCACACCGUCUAAGCUGGAGAAUGAACGCAAGGCUCGAGAACUUCGGAUGCUCAUCAAACGUGAGCGCCCGGUACCAUUAGAUCAAGCAACUGCGAAAAUGCCUGAUGAGAUUCUUGACGAGAGGAAAUACCACGUCUUCUACGCCGAUGACGGAGGAUUCCGCGCCACUCAUGAGAAUGGCCAACCCGGUGAAGAGAUCUAUUAUCUUGGUAUCAUUGACUGCUUGACUCAUUAUGGAAUGGUGAAGAAGCUCGAGCAUUUCUUCAAGGGUCUGUCUCAUGAUCGCACACAGAUCUCGCCCAUUCCCCCUGAAAGUUACGGGGAUCGCUUCAUUAACUUUAUCAAGGGCAUCACCAUGUCCAAAGAAGAAGCACAACGACAGAAGGAAGCCAAGGCCAUGGGCGAGCCGUUUUCGGAGAGAACACCUUCUGUCGAAGAAACUAUGCAAGCGGCGGAAAGGGAGGCGGCCAGGGAACCAUCUAUCGUGCAGCCUCGGACCCUGACGACGGUCCGAGAUCCCAACGACUCCGGCGUUCUUGCCCCUUCGACACUUCCGAUUGUCGAUGAAGCGGGGGAAGCCAGCAGUCUCGGGGGUCACAGUUCACACAGCCGCCAUGGGCCCCCUGUUCCCGAAAAGGACCUACCUCCAACCCCCUAUCAGAAUGGAGCACCUGUUCCCGGGAAAGGGAAGGGAGUCAUUCGCAACGGGCAGCCUGAAAUGGUUUCGGUCUCUGGCAGACAAUAAACCUCCCCGUUGCUGAUUUUGAACCGACUUGUUAUGAUAUCCUCGUCCGCAGCUCUCCACGCUUUCGCAUCAUAUCCAUACCCUGGCGCAACGGAUUAAUCCGCCUUCCUGCACGCGACGCAUUGACCCAUAUUCACAUCAUUCCCCAUAGUCCUUAUGUUGCCA